CUUCUGCCUCCGAGGCCGCUGAGUGAAGAACGCUCAAUGCCGCUCAUACAGCUACAUGAGCUGUCACACUCCCGAGUGACAUCAGCUCACAACAUUGCGGAGGAGAGCUCAGAGGAGAUGCACCCACAUCUAGCUCGGGGCAAGGUCUGUUUUGCGGGAGUGCCAUGGCUUGUGCUGCCGUGAGCUGCCAUCUUUCCUAGCAUCACUUCUUCUUGGUAUGGUAGAACUGUAUUUCCGCAAAGCCUGAUGAACACUCAGAACAUUUUCUUCAGGUGUAGUUGCUGAGCUCAUCCCAUGGAGCGGAAGCACGCCUGGGCGUGGCUCCUGGGAGGAACGGUCGCCGCAGGUUUCGGUCGGGGGCUCCAGGCGAUCCCGGUGGUGGCAUGGCUCGAACCUGUCUUCUUCCUCCAGUUCUUCCACCAUUCUAGAGUCCACGAAGUUUCCUGGCGCUCAAAGCUCGGCAUUCUGGCAGCUGCGAUAUUCGCCCAAGCUGCGGGGCUCACUUUUGCGAUGGCAGGGACUCUGAAUGACCCAUCGUUCACCCCCCUGGGAGUCGCCGUGGUCGCGAUUGCAGCCACUCUCGGGAGCACGGCGCUAGUUCUCAUUCCCUACUUUGGUGCCAGCGCGUACCGCCACCGCUAUGAGGGGGCUGUAGCUGCUGGCGUGUUCUUCUUCCCUCUCGUGCUCACCGGGCUGUGGAUCGCUUAUGCCAGAGUGUCUCCUUUUGGGACAAUGGGCCACAGCGCUUACAGUCAGUCGGACUCGAAGACCCUCGUGCUGACCGCCUCGUUUUGGGGCAUGUCAGGAAUCACAUUUCUGAUGUCUUGGGGGGCUGCCCUGCUGCAUGAGGUCCUUCUGUGCCAGAACCCUGUUCCCCCCCCAAAACUUCCGAGCCCCCGCAACCCCCCCCUGCCCUACACUGGCGCGCCUUACCUCCACAGCCCCCUGCUGCUGCGCCGGUACAGCGUCGUUGAGCCCCACUUGCAGGGGGCGCUUCCCCAGGGGGUUACGUGGCACGUGCGUGCUUUCUCAGCGGUGUUCCUCUUAGCGCUGCUCUACGGGGGUGCGCAGACGUCUCUCUUCGCGGGGCGCUUCUAUCAGCGGGGAAUUGAGGAGAUGUAUCAUAAAACGUUCGCGGCGUCGUGCAUUUUGGAAGACGAGGCCCGAGGGGGGAGCCUGGAACGCCUGUGGGCGGAGACGGAGGGGCGGGUCGCUGCGGGGGAUGAUGUUAUCCUCUGGUCAGAAACAGCGGCAAUCGUCUUGGGCGACGCAGAGGAAGCCGCACUCAUUGCAAGAGCAAGCGCCUUGGCUCAGCUAGGGGUGGCGGGCCGAGACACAAACAAGCCGGGGCCAUACAUCGGCCUGUCGUACUACAAAGUUCUGGAUGGUCAAACUCCCCACAAAGCGCCGGACCAAACGCGGCACGUACAACAACAUGAGGGCCCUGCUGGGAAGGCCCUGCAGAAUGGACUGUCGCACUCUAGUUCGAACCAUGGACCCUCUUACGAAGCUCUGAGCGAGGUUCAAGAGUCGCACAUCGGAACCAGUGCGCUUAGCGGAGCUUCCGAGGAAAUUGGAAGCAAGGGGAUCCCUCGGCCCUCCGUCUGGGGCACUGCUGCUGACGUCAUCACCGCUGGUGUGGCGGUAAUGUCAGAUGGCACGAAGACUCUGGCGGCAAGGAACAGCUUCGUUUUGGUGGGUCCAAGCGGUGACCCGAUUCUGAAGUACAACAAGACGCAUACGGUUCCUCUUGAAGAGGACGAAGUUGUACAGGGGGAUGGGAGGCUCAUGAUUGCGGAGACGGGCCUUGGGACGAUGAGCGCGGCGAUCUGCUUCGACUUCCGGUUUCCGGAGCUCAUGCGGCAGGCGGGGCAGAAGAGCGUCGCGCUGAUGCUCCAGCCCGCCUGGACGUGGGGCCCCGUCGGCCUGAUCGAGCUCUACGCGGGCGCAUUCCGGGCCGUCGAGAACGGAUUUCACCUGUUCCGCUGCGGAUCCUCGGGGUACUCGGCUGCGGUGUCGCCUUUGUACGAUUUCGAGUUUGUGAGGGAGACGCUGACGAACGGGACCAUCACCGCGCAACUACCGAUUUUGCCGCACGUGCCAACAUUUUAUGCUUCGUAUGGUUUUGUUCUUGAGUACGUUUGUGUAAUCUUAGGAGCGUUCGUUUACUUGCUAGCGGUUCUACCUAGGAGUGCCAUCGGUAGAGUGUCAAAGUAUUGGCCGGCUCAGCUAAGGGAGUCUUUGUUUGGGCCUGAGCUCGACUUCGAUAAUUCAGUGGAGAGUCGCGGCGCCUCAGAGGGAAGCUCGGCAUACACCUCUUUACAAUAAGCCGAUAUACUUCCGGAUAAGCGCAACUCCGUUGCGCUCUCGCAAGUGAGCACAUAUUGCCACACGUUGAGUUGUGAGACAAGUAUACGAUGGCGGACACUGACCUGUGCCUACUAGAUUACUGGUGCUGACCUUGAUUGGGGAAAGGGAGCUGCGGUAAGUUCGUUCAGUACAGGCCUUCCUAGCAGCUCUGCAUAAAUGGGGUGCCUAGUGGCACCGUUUGCUUGCAACUGGAAAGAACAAACACUCCUCGCUCCCUCAAGCCAUGCCUCCACGUCGUGGGACGCUGCGUCCAAAUCGGGCCCGAGCUAGGAAAAAUCGCAGUACGCCUUGAGUCCCCGUAGCACAGCUAGCAUGACAAAUAACC